UUGUGGAUUCUCAGUGUAUUGCAAGCCGCCGAAGAUUCAGAGAACCAUCCACAGACCAUGAAGUUGAUCGCUGCUUUUCUCAUUGUGGUGUUCGCAGCGUGCGCGUGCGCCUCCUGCUCCAGCUAUCAACCUGGUGUCGCAUCGCCGCCUUGCCCAAGAAACUAUCUCUUUAGCUGCCAGCCGCAGCUGGUGCCGGUGCCAUGCAGUGCUUCAGCUGCCAGCUGUGGAUCUGCGGGCGCAUACACGGAGCAAGUUCCCUCUUACGUCUACUAUGGAGAUAAACUGCAUGGAUCGGGCUAUAUGUAUCAAGCGUAGUUAUAGUGCAUUUUGCCAAUGCCAGACAACCCCAAGAAUAUGAAUUUUGUAUCUACGUAUCUUAGUAUCUGAAAGUCCCUUCAACAAAUUGUACUUUGAUGAGGUAAACUUAGGAGGGCUAAGCGUUAAACACAUAUAAUACAAAUAUCAUUGUUUUUAAAAUAA